UCGCAAACUCCAAAACCAUUCAGUACAACGCGUGAGGCUGGAGCUUUUCAUCGAAACUGCGCUAGCCGGAUCAGGCCAAGCGCAUCUGGCGACCAGCGGCUUCCCAAGUCGAGACUUUUGCGGGUCCAUGUUGCCUCUUGAGUCUUGGACCCUUGGUGAGUCCUCAGGUAUAACCCAAGGGGCGAUAUGGCAAUACAGUUGUCUUUCGCGUGCUAAUAUUACUUCCCUGAAUCGAUCAGCUAAUUCAUACACCAUGACUGUCAAAGUGCCGCAAAUGUGGCACAAGCUCCCCGUCAAUCUCACAGAGCUCUGCAUCGACACUACCCUACGUUGUGGACAGUCCUUCAGGUGGCGCAAGUUUGGAGAUGAAUGGCGGUGCACUCUUCAUGGCCGUAUUUUGUCAUUGAGGCAAGAUCCUGAAUGCGUACGGUACAAAGCCACAUGGCCUACGCAUCGGCCAGAGGUGAACAAGCAGUGUCAAGCUGAUGACACUGAAGCCUUGCUACGGCAUUACUUCAACCUGGAUGUCGAUCUGGGAAGCCUCUAUAAGCAGUGGUCAGACGUCGACCCCAACUUCCGAAAGAAGGCACCCACGUUUACUGGAGUUCGCAUAUUGAACCAAGAUGCUUGGGAGGCCCUGGUGGCUUUCAUCUGCAGCAGUAACAACAAUAUUUCGAGGAUUUCGCAAAUGGUCCACAAGCUCUGCAUCCAUUACGGUCCUCUGCUCGGCCACAUUGACACAGAAGCCUUCCAUGACUUUCCUGAACCGGCAGCGUUAACGGGCAAGGGCGUCGAGGCACACCUCAGAGAGCUAGGGUUUGGGUAUCGGGCAAAGUACAUCGCGGAUACUGCGCGAAUGGUCGCCCACGACAAACCCAGCGGUUGGCUGGAAUCACUACGCAAUCCCGAGUCCCCAGCAUUCGGCGGCGCCAGUAGUGACCAAGACCUUCAGGCAGCAUACAAACAGGCACAUGACGAAUUACUUACGCUCAAGGGCGUAGGGCCCAAGGUGGCAGACUGCGUGUGCCUGAUGGGGUUGGGCUGGGGAGAGUCCGUACCCGUCGACACCCACGUCUGGCAGAUCGCGCAAAGGGAUUACAAGUUUGGCAAGAAGUCAAAGACCUUCAACAAAGUAAUGUACGACGCCGUGGGCGACCACUUCAGGGUACUGUGGGGGAAGUAUGCUGGCUGGGCUCAUUCGGUCCUGUUCACAGCAGACCUCAAACAAUUUGCUGAACAGGCGGCUGUUAAGGGCGAGGAUGCGACCGCUGUGCAAGUGAAGGAGGAGACCAUCGAGUCAAAUGGGGUGACCACCAAGAGGAAAAGAGUCACGACUGUGAAGGCUGAGGUGAAGACUGAGGUGAAGGUAGAAGACGCUGAGGAUGCAGAAGGCCUUGCACUGGCGCUUCCGAUAAAGAGACGGCGAACACGUCAGACGAGGAGCGGCGGCUAGAAAUUUUGAUUGUAAACUGGCAACCCAGAUAGAUGGCAUGUACCGUAUAAUAAUUAAUAAAUGAUUGGUGCCUCUUGACGAAAA